CGUCUGGCUUAAGUGCCCCAGUGAGUCAACUCACUCACUGCUAGAACAGAGGAAAAAAAAAUGUGGUUUUUCGGGGGAAAAGGGGCAUCUGGGUUUUCUAGCUCUUCAACUGCUGACGAAGUUACUGAUGGUAUCGAUGGUUCUGCUCUCACUGCCAUUGUUACAGGAGCGUCAAGCGGGAUUGGUGCCGAAACCUCACGUGUUCUUGCAUUACGCGGUGUACAUGUUAUCAUGGGAGUUAGGAAUAUGGAUGCAGGCAAAGUGGUCAAGGAUAAAAUAGUUCAGGAAAUUCCCGAUGCUAAAGUUGAUGCUAUGGAGUUGGAUUUGAACUCAAUGGCAUCUGUAAGAAAAUUUGCAUCAGACUAUAAUUCCUCGAAACGUCCACUUAACCUUUUAAUUAACAAUGCAGGAAUAAUGGCCACCCCUUUCAUGCUCUCUAAAGACAACAUAGAGCUUCAGUUUGCAACAAACCACUUAGGUCAUUUUCUUCUAACACAUCUUCUGUUGGACACCAUGAAGAAAACAGCUAAGGAUAGUGGUAGAGAGGGAAGGAUUGUUAAUGUCUCAUCAGAGGCUCACCGUUUUCCAUACUCUGAAGGAGUUCGCUUUGACAAACUCAAUGAAUCAUCAGGGUACAGCAGUUGGCGUGCAUAUGGUCAGUCAAAGCUUGCUAACAUUCUGCAUGCUAAUGAGCUAACCAAACGUUUAAAGGAUGAAGGGGCCAAUAUAACUGCAAAUUCUCUUCAUCCCGGUGCAAUUAACACAAAUCUUUUCCGCUAUAACAGCUUUAUGGACGGUAUGAUUCGUAACCUUGGCGGCAAGUACGUCUUGAAAAGUGUUCCACAGGGAGCAGCGACAACUUGUUACGUUGCUAUGCAUCCACAAGUGAAGGGCGUAAGUGGUGAAUAUUUCAGUGACAGCAACCUAGCCAAGACUACUCCGAAAGCUCAAGACGCUAGCUUGGCCGAGAAACUGUGGGACUUUAGCAUGAAAUUGAUCAAAGUUUGAUGAUAUAACAGAAAGAAAACUGUAAGGCCGUGGUUCGGGCCUAAAGAACGGGUUGAUUAUAAUCUAUUUUUAUUCAUUGCUUAGAAUGAAUUCCCUUUGAUAUUGCUGAAGAUUGUAUCUGCAGUGAUAUUUAUAUACAGAAAUGUUAAUACAGAAAUAUGAGAUUGUUUGUUUA